AUGCUUGGUGAAGGUCCUGAGGAUGGUUCUCGCAUAUACAUCCCGCCGUUUCAAGACGACGACGACGAUCAUCCCGACGGUUCAGAUAUCCUGUGUCCCGAGGAUGAAGAGACUGGCGUCACUUAUCUCCCCGUCUGGCUACGGGAAUCUUCCAAAUCCUUUCGCUGGAGCUGGGUGCCUCUACCGCUUCGGAAGGCCGGUCGGGCAACUGCAAAUUGGGUGAAAGGCCCCAAACCGCCGCACGAGCUACUGUUGAAACCCUUGUUCCCUCGCUUCCAAGCGCUUCCGGUCCGGUACCUAGAACAACUCUCCCCGAAAGGAAAGCACAAGAUUGCCUUGCUUUCCCUGCUGUAUUUUGUUUGGUUCCUGCCUUGGAUAAUUGUUUUGCUGCAUGCCCGUUCAGCUGGCUAUAUAGAAGGUUAUGGACGUCCGCAGACCCUUUCGUGUUCUACAAGACUUUGGGACUUUGGAAAUGGGUGUGGACUCAAUGGAAACGAUUGCCGCCCGUUUUCAGCUUCGACGAUUCCCUUCCGCUGUCCGGCGAACUGCCGAGAUGCUAAGCUGUUGGAGCCCCACACGGUUGGUAACCUCACGUACAGUUACCAGGGCCUUGUGGUUGGAGGACCGCAGUCGGAGUUGGAUGAUUCCGCCAUCUAUCGGGCAGACAGCUUUGUAUGCCAGGCUGCCAUACAUUCGGGGGCUAUCACGAAUACCGUCGGAGGUUGCGGCGUUCUGCAAUUAGAAGGUGCAACGCAUUCAUUUGCCGCAUCGAAGCGUAACGGCAUCCAGUCGGUCGAGUUCCCGGCAACAUUCCCUAAGUCGUUCAGUUUUGUUUCAAUGUCAUCAUCGCAGGAGACUUGCCCUAAUGACCCCCGGUGGCCGCUGUUCGGCAUUACCGUUGGUUCACUUGCCGUCUUGUGGCUUUUCUGCACCUCCCCACCGGUUUUGUUCUUCAGCGCAUUCUUUAUGACCUUUUGUCAGGUGGGAUUGGUAUCUGACCCGCCAGCGUACCCUCACUUCGCCGAUGUCGUUUCCAGCCUACUUUCCCGGCUGCUGCCUGCGUCAUUUAUGGCCUACGUUUUAUUCAAAUACUGCGCACGGCCGUUGCUAAGCCCACUUUCUGCUCCGGAGUACCAGCUGACAAGAGCCUUCCUCUAUCUGCCCCCGCUGUUUGUCGGCGCUUUGAACAACUACACCUUUGCUCGGUUGAUCCCACUUGAACGCCUCACUCCUCAUGAUAUUCAGAAACAGCCCGGGGCUAAAGUAGCGCUGGCGCUAGUGAUUCCGACAGUGCUCUGUAUCAUUCUUAGCCAGGCCUGGCAGAUCCGCCAAGGUGGAUUGAUGCCACACUAUUUGAAGAUAUAUUGCACAAUGGGCCUGAUCCUUUUGAUUCUGCUUCCACUACCUGGCCUCCGUCUGCGGAUCCAUCACUAUAUUCUUGCGAUCCUUCUUAUGCCCGGAACCGCCUUGCCGACACGGCCAUCGUUGAUCUACCAAGGUUUGCUUCUAGGUCUCUUUAUUAACGGCGUGGCUCGAUGGGGAUUUGCUUCGAUCAUCGAGACUCCCGCCGCCCUGGGCGAGCAAGCUCCGUACGGCUGGUGGGGAGGAACGUACCCCGACGUCACGAACUCGUCCGUGCAGAUUUCUCUGCCCGACAGGGGUUCUGGCGAAGCCUACCAUGGCAAUGGCAACAUCACCUUCUCGCUUUGGGAGCGGCAACGCAUGUCCGAUCUCGGUGUGGAUGGAGUCUCCGUCCUGGUCAAUGACGUAGAACGCUGGCGUGGAUACUUAGACGAGGACGAGCUCGGUGAAUUUACUUGGCAUCGACAUGGCCACAGUGGCCUAGAACUACGGCACCGUCCCACAAUCGAGAGCGACGAUCUAUCCAACAUGAUAGAGUCCGAGGAUAACGGCGGCGACGAGGACAAUAAGCCCGAAGACCUCUUUUUCCGCUUUGCCUUCAUGAAGGGAGCCGAGGCAGGUAUGUACAGCGGUGCUGGGGUAUGGCUGCAAGAGGGCGAGUGGAUUUCGCCGCUUUCUCCGAAGAAAUAG